GAACGAGAGAGAGUGGAAAUGUGAACGUGUGAUCCUGAUACAUACCAAACACCCACGAUUGUUUUCUUAGAAAUUUACAUUAGUCGUGGUCGUCGUUUUGCAGAUUCCUCUUUCAUUUGGUGAUUGGGACCACUCUCAUUCUUCCAAUCCAGAGAAAGUUUGGAUUUUUAUAGAUGCCCAUCUCACUUCAGAACUGUAAUACCUUUUAGUCAUUGCCCAUUUUCAGAGAGAGAGAGAAAAAUGGAGAAAGCAGUAAACAGACAGAAAGUUCUUCUUGGUCAUUUGCAACCCUCUUCUUCUUCUUCUUCUUCUCUUUCGCAAUCCCAUGAGUCAGCUUGUUUCUCUACUUCAGUUUGUGCGGCUGGAGAUAGUGCUGCAUAUCACCGUACAGCUGCUUUUGGUGAUGAUGUAGUGAUAGUGGGUGCUUACCGUACUGCCAUUUGCAAAGCCAAGCGAGGUGGUUUCAAGGAUACCCAUCCUGAUGAUCUACUUGGCUCUGUUUUGAAGGCACUGAUAGAGAAAACAAAUGUGAAUCCAAGUGAGGUAGGGGACAUAGUUGUUGGUACAGUUCUUCCUCCUGGUUCACAAAGGGCAACUGAGUGCAGGAUGGCAGCUUUCUAUGCUGGUUUUCCUGAAACGGUGCCCAUCAGAACAGUCAACAGGCAAUGCUCCUCUGGCCUGCAGGCGGUAGCUGAUGUUGCUGCUUCCAUAAAAGCUGGAUUUUAUGACAUUGGCAUUGGGGCUGGGUUGGAGUGCAUGACAGUGGAUGCAAUUGGCAGGGUUCCCCAAGUUAACCCAAGAGUAGAUGCCUUUGUACAAGCUCGAGAUUGUCUCCUUCCUAUGGGUAUUACUUCUGAAAAUGUUGCACAGCGGUAUGGUGUUACACGGCAAGAGCAAGACCAUGCUGCAGUUGAAUCUCAUAGGAAAGCUGCUGCUGCAACAAUAUCUGGAAAAUUCAAAGAUGAAAUCAUUCCAGUUUCUACAAAGAUUGUAGACCCAAAAACUGGUGAAGAGAAGUCUGUCACAAUUUCAGUGGAUGAUGGAAUUCGACCAAACACAAACAUGGCAGAUCUGGCAAAGCUGAAGCCUGCAUUCAAAAAGGAUGGGUCCACAACUGCUGGUAAUGCUAGCCAGGUCAGUGAUGGUGCUGGCGCAGUCCUUCUUACUAAAAGAAGUGUGGCUGUGCAGAAGGGACUUCCAGUUCUCGGUGUGUUCAGGAGUUUUGCUGCUGUUGGUGUGGAUCCUGCUGUUAUGGGAGUAGGCCCAGCUUUUGCAAUUCCAGCUGCAGUGAAAGCUGCUGGACUAGAACUUAAUGAUAUUGAUCUGUUUGAAAUUAAUGAGGCAUUUGCAUCCCAGUAUGUUUAUUGUUGUAAGAAACUGGAGCUUGAUCCAGAAAAGGUAAAUGUCAAUGGUGGCGCAAUUGCUCUUGGGCAUCCUUUGGGUGCUACAGGUGCCCGCUGUGUUGCAACUCUUCUGCAUGAAAUGAAGCGUCGCGGGAAGGACUGCCGCUUUGGAGUAAUCUCAAUGUGCAUAGGCACAGGUAUGGGGGCUGCUGCUGUUUUUGAGAGAGGAGAUUGUGUCGAUGAGCUAUGCAAUGCUCGAAUGGUUAAAAAUAACAAGCUUCUAUCAAAGGAUGCUCUUUAGACGUGUGUUUUCUUCUCGCUCAUUGGUUCAUAUGUAGUUCUAGAGGAUAUCGAAUAAAGUAGACAUCUCAUGGGUGCUGCAAGUUGGAAAAUGUCAGCUUUCCUCUCCAGUGUAGAAGUUGAAUAUUUGCGUACUUCAGUUUCAUGACUGAUAAAAAUUUAGAUUACUAUUGCAAUUUUAGUACGGAUCCCAAUGUUUUGCUUCAAAUGAUUUAGUACUCGUAAAAUGAUAAUCUGUCUUUUACAUUAAAAGGGGCAGUGAACUAACUUGAUUUGUUUCUUUCCA